GGAUUCAUUCGGUCCUCAGUCUCAGAAAACGAGGGCUACUAAACUGUACCUUUCCUUGUCUCUAGGGUGGUACCCCUCGGGGGUAAACCAUUUAUACCUUCAGCGUGUAUUUUUUACCUGUAAAUGUGCAUAUAGUAUAGUGUACCUUUAAAGCGAUACAUUUUAAAGCUACUAGAGUGACAAGGAAAGGUACAAAUUAAGUCCUACUUUCUCUGACUCCACCGUUCAGGACUGAUGAAGCCUCUCAAAUGAAUGGUGAGUGAGUUCGCUUUGACCUACUACUACAAGACAAUUAUUGGCCAAUACGAUCCACAAAGUUUCUGUGCAAGUUUUAUUUGGGGCAGUUUUUUCGUUUUGCCUGUGGGGGCGCUGCAGUGUUCAGCCCAACAGGCGUUACCUUAUACACCACAUUCAGCCCGAAUCGAGCUAUUAAGUCAAUUUAAAGACCGAAAGGGGGAGUUCCUCAAGUCACCACUAUCCGUCAGGUUCCCCCGCAGUGGGCCAGAGAGUGCUGAAAAUGAGCGGCAGGAAGACUGGCGCUCCCUUGUUGUGGCUCGCCGUGUGCUUCGGGAGCGCGCUCGAGUCCGUGGCGCUGGGCCCGCGCGCGGUGUGGCGAAACGGCUCGGCGGUGCUCGUGCCGGACUACAUGCUCAAUCUGUACAGGACGCAGUCGCAGCUCGGGCGCACAAGCAGCUAUGGGAGCGCGACGCGCGCCAGGAGACGCGCCAACACAGUCACCAGCUUCGUAGACCAGAGCAAAGAUGAGCCAUCAGCUGAGUCCCACCAGCAGUACAUAUUUGACCUUUCGGGCCUCUCAAGGACAGAAGAACUAGUGGAGGCUGAGCUGCGGGUGUUGCGGAAGCUGCCGUCUGACUUGGAGAAAUUACAAUCCUGUGCAGGAAACCUGUACCACCUACACCUUUAUAGCUGCUCCUCUCGGGGCUCAUCAGGCAAGCCUCUACUACUCACUUCUAGGACCAUCAACAUUCUGGAUACCACCUUGAGCACUUGGGAUGUGUUUAACCUUGGGACUACACUGAGAGCCCACCACAAGGUGCACAGGAGAACUCAAGACAGCAGAUAUGUAUGUUUCAGCAUAGCUGUUGUUUCAGACUUAACAGAUGAGGUGGUCUCCCCUUCUUUAAUUGGUCUGGGUUCAGAGGGGCAACAGAAGAAUGAGAGGGCUUUGCUUGUAGCCUUUUCCCGCACUCGCAGGAAAGAGAAUCUGUUCAGAGAGAUCCGUGAGAAGAUGAAAGCCAUGCACAUGUUUGAUCAGAGCGCUGAGGGUCAUGGUAGACCCAGGCACCGCCAGAAGAGGAGAACUGUCUUAGCAGGUCGCUCUGGUGGAGCAGGGACAGCAGGUGGGGGGGGAGCCAUUGGGGGAGGUGGAACAGGCGGAGGGGGAAAAGGAGGUGGCCGACGGAGGACUCGCUGCAGCCGCAAACCGCUCCACGUGAACUUUAAAGAGCUGGGAUGGGAUGACUGGAUCAUUGCACCACUGGACUACGAUGCAUACCACUGUGAAGGUGCAUGUGACUUCCCACUGCGCUCUCACCUCGAACCCACCAACCACGCCAUCAUCCAAACGCUCAUGAACUCCAUGGAUCCAGAGUCAACACCGCCCAGCUGCUGUGUGCCUUCCAAGCUCAGCCCUAUAAGCAUCCUAUACAUUGAUGCUGGGAAUAAUGUGGUGUAUAAGCAGUAUGAGGACAUGGUGGUGGAGAGCUGUGGCUGUAGGUAGCAGCAUGAAAUUGGGCUGGAAUACAGCCCUUGAUUUGAAACCUACAAAAGAGCCCCAAUGCAGCACUGCCAGACUCACAGAAAUGAGCCUUAGUGCCAAAAUAUUUUUAGCAAUAACUACCAUGGAUAAAGUGUGCGUGCACAAGAAUGUGGUGGAGUGGACAUAAGAGGUUAUACUCAUGGGCAUUUUGAACAGUGUCUGUCAAAGGGGCAGAAAACCCAAUGGGUAAAAAUGCCGAACAGCCCUCUUUGAUACAAGAUACUAAAUUUUCCAACCAAAUAAACAACUCCUUGAUCAGGAAAAAGUAAGACCAGAAAUUCCAGAAAUAACACUGCAUCCUGAUAAUGUAAACGGAAUGAUAGAGCACUCAAUUAUGUUCACAGUGACUGAGAAAAUGUUCUUAAUUCCCAUGUCUGUCAGAGAUUCAAUGCAAGUCUAAGAGUGGAAGUGCUUUGCUUGACAGUCAGCUUAAGCUGAAGAAAACAAUCAUAAGAAUUUUAUAGAUUUAAAAAUAUAAAUGAGAAAGAACAAAAGUGACCUUAAUCAGUGGCAGCAAUGCUUGUCCGAAUGUUGGAGGUUUGGACUUUUUCUGUAAGGCACAAUGUGUUAUUCCAGUUGGAGCUUGGGUUGUUUUUAUAAUCAAGAGACUUGUCGGGUGAUUUAUUGAGUAUGACAGUUCUGAAUUUUAUAUCAAGGUAACCCACACACAGCUGAUGCUCCCAAGAGGUGACAUCUCGCUUCCUUUUCUCAGCAUAAUAGACAGUGUUUGACUGGCCCACAAAACCAUACAUUGCUAAGAACAUAAGUCAUUAUUUGUUUCACUCAAAAGACUAAUCAUGCCAAGUUGUUUAAGAACUGUGCUUAACUAAGCUCAUUAUACAAGAAAUAAGCAUUGUGGACACCACACUUGGCAUCUGUUAGACUAGAUACAAUAACUGUGUUGUUCAUGAUGUCCACAUGUGUAAGCGGUAAAUGACUUCACUGAACCUCAGAACCUGGGAAACAGGUUAGAGAGCCAAAGUCAAAAUGAUUCUUGGCAUUGUGCAUUUAUAUGUGACAGCCCUUUUGUCAGGUCAAACUGCAUGUGUAGGUUGGUUUGCUUUUCCAUGUCUCUGCUGUCAUUAUGUUCAUUUUAUUUUAGAAUAAACCUUCCCAUCAAGCACAUUCUCCUGAACUCAGACUCAGAUUGUACACCUGCUAAGAGACAUAAAACAAUAAGUGUUAACUCUAAAGCAAAAAAAUAACAACAACCUGGAAUCAUGCCAGGUGAGCUAGCCUAUAGAAAUUCGAUUCAGACGAUUCCAGAUUAAAUACCGUACUCUGAGGUAUAUAACUUUGAACAGGUUUUUUUUUCAUUAUCUAAAAAAUAUACACACUGGAGUAUAGUGAUACGUAAGAAAAGCAUCAUAACGACAUUAAAAUUAAUAUUAUAUUAUAAUACAUUAUAAUACAACUGCUGCGUGUUUUAUAUGAUCGGCAUAACCUAGUGAGCUCAGCCCUGUGCGAGUUCUGCUGGUUUUGAUAACAGUGUUAUCCCAAUUUAUUUGAAUAAAGACAAUUUAUUUUGUUGAAAACUAAAUAAAUUGGUUGCAUUUUGUCAGGGUUUUUAAGGACAAAUGAAAGGAACAGUGGCACAUGGCAUUAUGAGCCAAACAUAUCCCUGCAUGAGAUUAUAUGAAUAAUCUUUUGGCCAUUUAAUAAAUUGUUUAAUAAAGUGACAUUAGAUUUUUCUGCUAAAUGCACAUCUAGACUGAUAAUAACAACAACAACAAUAACAAUAAUAACAACAACAACAAUAAUAAUAAUAAUAAUAAUAAUAAUAAUAAUAAACUUCAAUUUACAUUUCGUCUGUCAUACAUAGACUGUAGCACCAUGCUGCUUAACAUGGUGUUAUAAAAAACAAAAAAAAAAAACCUUUUUCAAA